GCUUGCUAGCGCCACAACCCCCUCAAGUUGAUCUGUGCAUUCUGAUUGCCUUGGAAAAGCAAAGCGGUGCUUUCGUACUUUCCUCUUAUGGGACCUACGGGAAAGGAGGCAAGACGCGCAAGCUGUAAUUGUGUUUAACCAUUAAUUCCGGGACCCAGAUGUGACAAAGAUCCACGCCAGUCGCCGGUGAAGACAGAAACAUGGAAUUUGGAGACCUCUUGAAGGCGAUUGGGGAGUUUGGGAGGUUUCAGAAACUCCUGGUGUUCCUCCUAUGCAUUCCCAACUUCCUCACUCCCUUCCACAUGUUUGGCCAAGUGUUCAUUGUCACGGACGUGCCUCACCGUUGCAACACCAGCUGGAUCCGCAAGCUGAACUUGAACCUCACUGAAGAGCAGGAACUGAAUUUGACAAUCCCGAGGAGGCCAGAUGGAUCUUUUGAGGAAUGCCGUAGGUUUACUCCUGUACAAGACGUACAGUUGUUUCCACUCAAUUCCACAGAAACAUGCCGAGACGGCUGGGUCUAUCCUGAUACGCUUCAGCCAACGUUGCGUACAGAGUUUAAUUUGGUCUGUGAGCGGAAAAACUUGAACGACAUCUCUCAGUCCAUUUUGAUGGCAGGCGUUCUUGUUGGAGCUCUGGUCUUUGGACCACUGAGUGACAGGACCGGGAGCCGAAACAUGAUCUUGUUUUCUCUUCUCCUGAUGGGCUCCUUUGGCCUCGGGGCUGCUUUUGCGCCCAGUUUGUAUGUCUACAUCGCCCUGAGGUUCAUUGUGGGAUCUUCUUUUGCUGGAAUCAGUAUCAGCAUGGCGGCUUUGUGUUCUGAGUGGGUUGGGCCUCUCUACCGCCCCCGUGCAAUGAUUAUUACCCACUGUUGCAACGCUUUGGGGCAGAUGACUUUGGCCGGGCUAGCUUACGGCAUUCGGGACUGGAGGCUCUAUCAGAUUGUCGGCUCUGCUCCUGCAUUGUGUCUCUUUUUUUAUAUAUGGGUCCUUCCCAGUUCUGCUCGAUGGCUUUUGACAAAAGGGAAGGUAGAGGAAGCAAAGAAGAUCAUUCGAAAGGCAGCAUCAAUCAACGACCGAACCAUCUCAGAUGAAAUGCUCAACAAGCUGGUUCCUGAAACGAAGGCCAGAUCUGGAAAUGUCCUGGACCUCUUUAGGAAGCCACAUCUGAGGAAACUUAUUCUAAUUAUGGCCUGGGUAUGGUUUGUGGACAGUCUGGUGUACUAUGGAGUGAGCCUUCACGUGGAGGAUUUCGGCCUGAGCAUCUACACGACCCAGCUCGUCUUUGGAGCCCUUGAAAUACCAGCACGGGCCUCCUGCAUCUUCCUGCUGCAGUGGCUGGGCAGAAGGAAAUGCCAGGCCGGCUGGCUUCUCCUGGCAGGAGUCAUAUGCCUGAUCAUCCCUGCAAUCCCCAAAAGUAUAGCCAUCCUUUACAUAAAAGACAAACUCGGCAGAUGA